UGAUUCUCUCGUCCCCAUCAGCACGAUGCUCGAAGACUCGUCCCUCUAUCGCUGACGCCCGCGGCCAAGCCGACGUGAAGAAGAAUUGGAAGGAUUGGGGUGGUUUGGUGAAUUGGCGGCGCACCCACGAUGUCGUACUUUCCAGAUGGCCUUCGUGGAGCAGAUAGUCAUGAUGGAUUGGCUGCAGACGAAAUAGCUGCCGAUAUUGUCUCAAACUCGGACGCCCUUUCAGACGACACAGACAAGACAGCCGUUCAAGACAAUGCGAACUCGCCUCGGACACCCACUCCUGACAUCGCGAAGGAAAAGGCGGAACCUAUAUACGCAUCAGAUGAAAUCAACGACGAUGAUGCUGCAGCCGCAGCAGAGGACGACGCUGCGAAUGAGUUACCAUGGCACGUCAGGAGGAUUGUCAGUUUGCACGACGACACAACUCUCCCCACUAUAACAUUUCGAUAUUUCCUCUUGGUCCUAAUCUUUGUCCCUCCAGGCGCCUUCCUCGAGCAACUCAAUAUGUUUAGGACAACCUCGGCGCCAUACUCGAUAUUCUUUGUACAAAUAGCUGCUAAUUAUGUAGGGGAUUGGUUGGCCAAAACCUUACCGGCUUGGGUUGUUCGAAUACCAUUUACGAAAAAGAGCUUCAGCUUGAAUCCAGGUCCAUUUAGCGUGAAAGAGCAUGUUCUCGUGGUUAUUGCUGCAGCAUCAGGAGCAACUUACAAUCUUGCCUGGACUCCUCUAUCUUUGUCAGAAUUAUAUUUCAAGGAACGACUUCAUCCACUGAUAUGGAUCUGCUUCAUGUGGGCUAUUGUGUGGACAGGAUAUUCUUAUGCAGCGAUUGCAAGACAAUUUUUGGUCUAUGAUCCACAACUUCCUUGGUUUGAUGCACUAUGUCAAACGGCGCUCUUCGAAACCCAGACUCUACAAAGAGAACAUCCAUCACCAGUAUCAAGAAAGCAGAUGAAAGUUUUCUUCCUAGCCCUUGUUACUGUAUUCUUUUGGCAAUUCCUACCCGAAUACGUCUUCCCAAUGCUCUCUUCGAUGGCAUUUUUAUGCUGGGUGGCUCCGCAUAAUGCCACCGCCAACUUCCUCAGUUCAGGACUCGGUGGCAUGGCUUUUCUUAACCUUUCAUUCGACUGGUCUACAAUGGCCAAUCUCAGCAACAUGGGAAGUCUAUUUUUGACACCAUUCUACACUCAGAUGGUCGUCUUCCUCGCGUUCGUCGCGAAUUGCUGGAUUCUUUUGCCUGCUGCGAACUGGGGUGGCCUGGGUUCUUGGCAUCUUCAUCUAAUGUCACUUUCAUUGUUCCAGGAGAAUGGAAAUGACUACCCAAUCCUCGAACUUAUCACGCCCGAGAUCACCUUCAACCAGACAGUUUAUGACCAAAACGGUCCCGUCUUUGUUGGCACACAAUUACUCUGGAAUAUGUUCUUCGACUAUGCUUCUUACACCUCCGUCUUGACUUGGAUGGCCUUGUUCGGAUAUCCGCAUCUGAAAGCAAUCUUUUUGAAGUUCAAAGCGAGACAAACAGCAAAGACGAAAAUCUCCGUGAACGAACAAUAUACCGACCCCCUGAAUGUUCUCAUGCGUUCGUACCCAGAGAUACCUCUAUGGUGGUUCAUCGCAUUAUUUCUAGCCUCCUUCACGAUUAUCAUCACGAUUCUUGCGUCCGGCCAUCUCUAUAUACCCAUUUGGACUUAUAUUCUGGCCCUAGUAACGGGUGCCGUUGUUGUCGUUCCUCUCGGGUGGCUCUAUGCUGUGUCGAACUUCCAGCUUCCUAUUGGAACAACGAACGAACUUCUCUAUGGUCUCAUGAUCAAUGCUGUCUCGGGCCACAAGAGUCCUGUGGGUGCUUCAGUCUACAGCUCCAUCGCAGGAGACGCCUGGUACAGAGCGCAGUACAUGCUGCAAGACCAAAAGCUGGGCCAUUAUCUUCACGUUCCACCCAGAACUGUCUUCUUUUCACAGAUGCUCGGUUCUUUUGUCGGUGUACCAAUAAAUUAUGCUGUGAUUCGAUGGGUCAUCGACACAAAAGGAGACUAUCUCAAUGGUACCUUGGAGGAUUUGACCCACGAAUGGACAGGCCAGAGCCUUACCUCGUCGCUAACAAUGGCGACGCAAUACGUCUUGAUUGGCCCCAAACGAUUAUUCUCAGGAGAGCUCUAUCACCCACUACCCUACGGCUUCCUCGUUGGAGCCAUCACCCCCACAAUCCUCUACGGUCUCCACCGUCGUUUCCCCAACGCAAAAUUUAACCUAUGGAACAGCACCAUAUUUUUCUGCUCUCUAUCCAAUUUCUACGGCAACAUCAGCACCGGCUACACUUCGGGGAUCAUCGGGGGAUUCGUCGUUAUGUACUGGGCUUACCGACACCAUUACGAACUGUGGGCGCGGUACAAUUACAUCUUGGCCGCGGCGUUCGAUUCGGGGUAUAAUUUCAAUGCCCUGAUUAUAUACCUGUGUUUCUGUGCAGGGACCAGGAUCAUGAUGCCGAACUGGUGGGGGAAUAAUUGGAAGAGCGUCGAGAGGUGUUUUGCGAUGCCGGAUGCGGCUGAUGCUUGAUGUAUGAUAUAUAGUGCUGCUGUAUGAUAGUAUAUGACAUGGUAUAGCCCUGUCGAGAUGAAUAUAUAAUGAUU